UGACCCAGAAAACAAACUCCUCUGACUACCGAGACGCCGCAGAGUUUGAAUCCGCUGCAGGGCUGCAUGUAGCCGGAGCAUCAGCUGGAGAAUAAACCCAACCGGCGCCGAUCUAACUUAACUCUGUUACGGAUUCCACAUUAUUACAUCGGAGUAACAAGAGCAGCCAUGGCUGAACACAUGAUGAUGCCCAUGACCCACGGCUUCAGGAUGGGCAUGAACGGACCACCGCAGCACAACGGCCAGCCCCCCAUGCGCAGCCUGCCCAACGGCCAGGUGAUGCACUACAGCAGGAAUCCUCAGAGCAACAUGGAAGCGGCCAUGAGACAAAGGCAAGGUAUGGUGGGACCAGGAGGGAUGGCCGGCCCCGUCAACGGAGCUCAGAUGGCCAACCAUCACCACCAGAUGAUGUCUGGGAACAUGAUGUACAGCAACCAGGGUCCGCAGCAGCAGCAGCACCAUCAUAUGCACCCCCAGCAACAGCAACAACAGCAGCAACAGCAGCAGCAGCAGCAGGGUGGACACCCCCAGCAGUACCUCACCUCCCAGCAACUCAUGGCUAGCAUGCACCUGCAGAAACUCAACACUCAAUACCAUGGACACCCGCUCAGCUCGGCCAACGGUCACCACAUGCCCAACGGUGCUCAGUACAGGAUGGGUCCAGCCCAGCUUUCAAGCAUGCAGCACAUAGGCGCCCCUCUGGGUCUAAACGGCAUGGACAUGGACCUGAUUGACGAGGAAGUUCUGACUUCGCUGGUGCUGGAGUUUGGGUUGGACCGCGUUCAGGAGCUGCCGGAGCUCUUCCUAGGACAGAACGAAUUUGACUUCAUAUCAGACUUUGUGUGCAAACAGCAGCCGAGCACGGUGAGCUGUUGAAGCAAAGAUGGAUAGAUGCUGGUUGGUCUGUUUGGACUGGACUGGACUAGACUGGACUGGACUGGACGCCCCCAAAGAAAUGACUGAGUGGCCACAGUAGCACAGCAAGAGGAGACAAUCUCUCUGUUCUGUUUGGGUGUUUCUGUGUCUGUGUUUUUUGACAGUGUCUAGUAUGACUUCACACUGACCCUGCCUGCCAGUUGAAAUGUAACGCGAAUAAAAUCGCACCGAAAGCACCAAGUAUCUCCUCUUUGAGCCGGUGCCAGUAAGAUCUGUCGUCUUUGGCCAAAUUGAGGCAUCCUGAUGCAGCCGACUCUGUCUGUACCCAUCUGGCCCUCAGCACAUGUGCCUGCGGUGCCGAGGCUUUGGGAGAAUUGUAAACUAAACACACAACGACAGGGGGAAGGCGACCUGAAAAGACUGUCCAUCUGGGUCUGCUACAUUCUGUGGCAUCUCUAAAUGUAUUUUAUCUCUUGAUGACACCUUCAACUAGACUAGUAGCAGAUGUUUUACAAAUUUAUAAAUGGCUGUCCUCUGAAUUUUGUUUAUACAAGGAUGAAGGGAUUAAGAGGAGUUUUUUUUUUCUUUUUCUGGAAAUUUAUGUGCAUAUUGAAGGCUGGCUCUUCAAAAAACCGAGAAGGUUCCUACAAGUAAUUCACACAUUUCCUACGAGAACGAGAGAUUGAGGUUGCACUGCAUUCCUGACUGACUGAUUUUUUGGGGGGGGCGGGGGUUAUCUGGGGAUUGUCUGGGUGAAAUGUGCUACAUUGAUUGUUUAGCCUUCAGUGUCAUUUACCUUGACUCCGAUAACAUCGGCUAUCAUUAAAUGUAUCGCAUCUGUUCCCUUCUAAUUAACUGUGGCUGAUUCACUGGCAAAGCGGCACAUUGCUUAGAGAGUGUCAGCUUAAAAAUAAGCAUUCAUCUGUAGAAAAUGGCUCUGCCCCCCCCCCCCCCCCCCCCCCCUCGCUACUCCGAGUCACACGUUUCGGUUCUAGUCGCGAGCCAAUCCUGGGUUACCGCUUAAUAGAAUAGCGAGAGGAGUUAAGGAGGGAGGAAGCUAAUUAGUAUGAGAAACUGUGGCCUCUUGGAAAAGACUCACGAGAAGCCAUAUGAGAAAAAAAUAAAGCAGCCAGGCAGUGCUAUCAAGAGCUGUUUGGCUUCGCAUCUGAGUUUUUUUUUUCUUUCUAAAAGCAGGAUUGGUUUUUCAAAAAAAAAGAAGAAGGAAAAAAAAAGAAAA